AUGCCCGAAAUGGAUAAUGAACACCUAGACUUCAUCACGGUGAAUACCACCCUCCCAACCCUCCCCCUCCCCCUUCUCGCCACGCGCAAGCCCGUCCUCACCGAGCGUCUCAUCCUCAAGCCCGUCAGCCAAGACGACCUGCCCGCCCUGCACGCUAUGCGCUCCCAGCCUGAGGUCAUGAGGUGGGCCGUCGCCGGCCGCCCCGACGCGGACCUCGACGAGACGCAGGCCUGGCUGGACCACAACCUCCCGCCCAACGACGCGCACAACUACAACUUCACCAUCUGCCUCCGCUCGACGGGUGAAUUCGUCGGCCUCGGCGGCGUCAAGCGCAUCGGCCCCAGCAGUCCCGGCCUGCCCGGCAGCGAGCUGGGCUGGCCCGAGAUCGGAUACCUCUUCUGCAAAGAGGCCUGGGGCAAAGGGUACGCCACCGAGUUCCUGCGGGGCUUCGUCGACGCGUGGUGGUCCCUGCCCCGCUCCGCUGCGCCUGCGCUCCGGGUUGAGAAGAGCGUCGUCGGGGAGGAGACCCGGCCGUCCCAGGAGCAGCCCGGGUCCGAGUCCCUGUCCGAGGUGAACGGGGCGGCCGUGGUGGCGGUGGGGGAGAUUCUCACCGCCGUGACGGAGCUGGACAACUUGCCCAGCCAGAAAGUCUUGGACAAGACGGGCUUCCAAAAGCUCAAGGUCUGGACGGAACGCGAUGAAAAGACGCAGGAGACGACGACGCUUGUCGGCUAUGGCAUCGAGGCGCCGAAAUAG